AUGAACCUCAAUUUCCACCUUGCCAAAACCGAUGAAUUUCCUAACAUUCAGCAAACCUUCAAAUAUAACCUCCGCAACAGCGUCAUGGUCCUCGCCCGCGACAUCCCCUCCACCCUCGAAACCCCCCAGAACAACAUGCCCUUCCCCACCGAAGACGACAACACCUCUGUCCUUUCUACUUGCCACCCCAUCCCUAUUUUGUUUGCCAGAAGCCUUACCACCGGCACCGCUACCAGUAUCGCAAAGGUGAAGAACGAACAGAAACCCCAAGUCGUGGGCUAUGCCUUCCUCGGCCCCUGCUUUAAGAACACCAUGCGCAACGCUUCGGAGACUCGGAGGGUGAAUAAUAUGGUGUUUGAGGGUGGAAAGUCGAUUGAUCCGGCGAACCUGCAGUUUGAUUUUCCUGAUGAUGCUGGCGAUGGUGACUCUAGCAGUGACAAUGAUAGUGGUUACAGUGGUGGAGACGGUGAUGGUGAUGGUAGUGAGGCGGGUAGUGUUGAAAGUGAGGACCGCGCUGGCAGUGAAGGAAGUGCAGCGAGUUACGACAGCUAUGGCAGUCAGAGUAGUCAGGGCAGCCGAACCAGCGUAAGCAGUGCGGAAAGUGGCCACAAUAGCGACAACGAUGAAGAGGAAGAUAGUGACAUCGAAGAAAAUGACUGGGAUGACGAUGAAGACCCAUACGGAGAAGUCGAAGACGACGGCUUCGAAUUCGAUUGA